AAAAAAAAAAAGAGAAUCCAAAAAAGUGAAAAAACUGGUCUUUGAGGUCAGGUCAGGUCUUCUUCCUGCAAAAACAAAAACCUCAGAAAUAGAGAAAAAGUUUCAAUCUUUCUUCAUCUUCUUCCUCCAAAAUCCUUGAUUUCUAAAAAGGAGAAGAAGAGAAGAGAACGCGAUUACCUUGAUUCACCCUCCUCCUUCAGGUUUGGGAGGCUCGAAUACUCAGGAAAUGAAAGGGGCAAGUGGUGCUGUUAAGAAGAAACCCCAGGUGUUGAACGAAGCUGGUGAGGCGGAGACGGCGGUGGAAACAGUCGGAGAAAGCCGGAAAAUUAGUGGAGACGGUGGGUUUGGCAGUGACGACGGCGGAGGGGGAGGUGGAGGUGGAAGUGGAGAGUCGAUUCUUCGCGAGAUUGGUGAUGAUAGGCCUACGGAGGAUGGAGAUGAAGAAGAAGAAGAGGACGAGGAUGAAGAUGAUGGAGGUGAUGAGGAAGAUGAAGAAGGAGAAGGAGAAGGUGGGCAAGAGGAAAGGCCAAAGCUUGAUGAAGGGUUUUAUGAAAUUGAAGCUAUUCGUCGUAAGAGAGUUCGAAAAGGCAAGGUUCAGUAUCUAAUUAAAUGGCGCGGAUGGCCUGAAACUGCCAACACAUGGGAGCCUUUAGAGAAUCUCCAGUCUAUUGCUGAUGUUAUAGAUGCCUUUGAGGGAAGUUUGAAGCCAGGAAAGCCUGGUAGGAAACGGAAGCGCAAAUAUGCAGGUCCUCAUUCUCAGAUGAAGAAGAAGCAACGUUUAACAUCUACAUCACAUGAUGCUACUGAGAAAUCUGACUCUUCUACGUCUCUCAACAACUCUAGCCUUCCUGACAUUCCUGAUCCACUAGACCUAAGCGGUUCGAGUCUAUUAAAUAGAGAUGUGGAAGCGAAGAAUGCUUAUGUAUCCAACCAAGUUGAAGCCAACAGUGGGAGUGUUGGGAUGGCCCGACAAGUUCGUUUGAUUGACAAUGAGAAAGAAUAUGAUCCAACACUUAACGAGCUACGAGGACCAGUCAACAAUAGUAACGGUGCAGGAUGUUCUCAAGGAGGAGGCAUUGGUUCUGAAGGUGAUAAUGUAAGACCCAAUGGCCUUCUCAAGGUUUAUCCUAAGGAGCUUGAUAAGAACAGUCGUUUCAUAGGUGCUAAGCGGAGGAAGUCUGGUUCUGUGAAAAGAUUCAAACAAGAUGGAUCCACAAGUAACAACCACACAGCACCUACAGAUCAGAAUCUGACACCAGAUUUGACUACAUUAGACUCUUUUGGUAGGAUUGCAAGGAUGGGGAAUGAAUAUCCUGGUGUGAUGGAAAAUUGUAAUUUGUCUCAGAAAACCAAGAUUGAGGAGUUGGACAUCACGAAGAUACUUAAACCAAUGAGUUUUACAGCAUCUGUAUCAGACAAUGUCCAGGAAGUGUUGGUGACCUUUUUAGCGCUGAGGUCUGAUGGGAAGGAAGCAUUGGUGGACAACAGAUUUCUCAAGGCUCACAAUCCUCAUCUCGUAAGAUUAUCUUUAUAGCUUUUUUUUUCUGCACUUACUCAUUUGGAAGUUUCUUAUUAGCUUUUCUAAUUUGUUUUUCCCACACCAGCUGAUUGAAUUCUAUGAGCAACAUCUCAAGUACAAUCGAACGCCUUAAAUCAUCCGGAAUGGUAAGAAUUUGUUUGUACACAGCCCUUGUAGGUAGAAAAGAUUAGAUGGCUUCUUUAUUCUAGCAGUGCAACAUGUAGAGUCGAGGUAGCGACAAUUGGAUUUUGUAUCGCGUCUCCGGGAGGUUUCAGAUUGUAAUUUAUCUCCUCGGGUUCGUUGUGUUCACUCUCUAUCUCUAUCAUAGUAAAUCUUGUUACUUGGACCUUUGCUUCUUAUAGCGGAAGUUUUCUUGUACUUGCUUCUUCAAAGAUCAAGUUCAUGAUAUGUUGAUGUUAUCAAAAUAUAUGUGAUCAAUCAAUAUAUAAUAAUUAUGUUUACAAGC